AUGUCUUUAAGGAUGAAGAACAGAGUGAAUUUGGCUCAUGGGAAUAGUAGUCAACAAGUUCAAGAAGACACAAUUAACAUAGACUCCAGGCAUUUUAUUGAUGAUCCAGUUAUUGAUGGAAGCUCACACAGAAGAGUUAGAGGGCCAACGUAUAUGCCAAGUAUUUGGGCUUGGGAAGAAAGGGAUCGUAUUCCAGUUCUGUUCAAUGAAUAUGGCCAACCAGUUGACAAGGAAACUACUAAUAGUUUGAGUCAUUUCAUGGGAUCUUUGGCAAGAAGUGGAAAGUAUUGUCCAGUUGAUAUUUCAUGGCCUCAAGUUAGCACAACUAAGAAAGGAAUGUUACUAAACUUUAUAGAGACAAAAUUUGAUCUUCCACUGGGAUCCGAUGAUUGGAUUUUAAAAUCAUUUGCAAAGAAGCGGCUGUUUGCUGGCUGUUUGCUGGCCAUUUGCUGGCUGUUUGCUGGCUAUUUGCUGAAAAUUAGUGAAAGAAAUAAGACUAUUAGGGGAUAUAAGAAGAUGAUGCAAAUUAUAGGGAAAAAAAGUUAUGCUCGAGUUCGUGAAGAACUAAAGGAAUCUUUGUCGGGACGUGAACCUAGUCGAAUGGAGUUGUUUGUUGCGUGUUUUUCUAAAGACGGCAUUGCCAAAAAUGUCGAAGCUGCAAAUGCUAUUGUUGGGGAUGUUGUUCAUCUUAAGAGCAUCAUAAAUUCCAUAGAAAUUGUGGCAAGAGGACGUGUUAAGAGCUUAGAUCCAGAUGAAUUGGUUGGUGGCAAGGAGAUUAGUCCGAAUUGGUGUGAGGUUGUGCAUGACGGAGAUUGA